CCCGAGAAGCCCCGGACCCCCCGAAAAGAGGCGCCAAAACCCCCCACCACCACUUCCUCCUCUCCCAUCACAAAAAGCAUCCCGAUGAAACCGAAACCGGCGGAACACGAGACCAAAAAGGACCCCCGUUUGAAGAAGAGGGGAGGUGUGGCCGUCAAAGAGGAGGAGCCUAAGAAGAAGAAGGAGGAGCCUCUGAGAGGGGGCGGCAACAAAGGGAAGCUUCUGAACGGAUCGAAACACGACGAGGAGAAGAUGGAGUUCAAAGCGGGGGGCAACGCUCGCACCCACGCCAGGAAACGCUCCCGCUCGCCCCCCGUCUCGCCCCCGAAGAGGAAGGAACGCCGUCGGACGCGGAGCAGCUCCCUGUCUCCGCCCCCCCCCUCGCACAAACCAGGGAAACCCCCCCGACGAGAACCAGAACACGGCAAGAAGAAGAGCCAAUCGGAGAGCAGGAGGUCCAAGAGGCCGGUGGAGGACCCCCCGCACCCCCCCCACUCCCCCCGAGGCCACGACGGGGCCAAGGAGGGCAAGGAUGGCCCGGCCCCCCCCCACCGCUGGAGGAGCGGCUGGGAGGAGAACAAGCACCCGAAGCCUGAGGACCCCCACCUGAAGCCGGCUACCCCCCGUCACAAACCCUACAUCGCCCCCACCCGCCCCCAGACGCCUCGCACCCCAAAGCACCGCCUCAGUGUUGACGCCAACAUGCAGAUCCCCGAGGUCCUAAACUCCGUCUCCAAGAAGGACCUGCUCAGGAGG